CUCGCUAUCUCUUCCCUCUACGUUCUCGCCUCCGUUGCGCUAGGCGAGGUUUGGGCAUUCACGCACCACGCAUUCAUUGAUGAAGGUCAAAACUGCUAUACCGUAUACUCGGAAUUGAAUGGAUUUAGUCCAAUGUCGACCCAAGCAACGUUAGCAGCUGGUAUCACUUCUUGUAUCAGUACAGUUAUUGCUGAUUCCUCGCUGAUCUGGCGGUGUUGGAUCCUCUGGGGGCGUCGAUGGCUCGUCGUUAUCAUCCCCAUCCUUUGUACCAUUCUAGGCACGGUGCUCAAAGCCAUCGAGUCAUACACACUUGCUUCGAAAGCACUGAUGAUCUUUCGAUUAUAGUGGCGGUGUUAUUGAUUGGAUGAUGUCCUACCUUGCGUUUACGCUCACCACGACACUUUGGUGCACCAUCUUCCUACUGUACCGCAUUAUGAGUGUUGCAGGGACCAGCCAUGGACCAGGAAUACGCUCCUACCGCGGAGUUCUUGAAGCGCUUGUUGAAUCAGCGACCCUCUACGCCAUUGCACUGAUCAUCGACAUGGUAUUCGUGGCUUGUAACCUGGUGAACGGCUACUAUGUCGACGUUUUGACCGCUGCUAUAAAGGGAAUUGCACCGACGCUUCUGGUCGGACGCGUCGCAGCGGGACAUGCACGACCAGAUGACUCGGCGCAAGAGAGUACU